AUGGAGAUUGUUGAGAAUGGGAAGCAGAAUAUCAAGCGAGAGCAAGCAGUUGCCGUCGACGCUGCUGUAGAUGAUCAGUCCUCUCUUUGUCGUCGCAUGUACGACUUAGACAUAACUGGCCAUGGAAAGAGACAUCGAGUUGACGAUGAUGACGACGAGGAGUACUUCAGAAAUCUGCCACCUGGGUAUGGGUUCUAUCUCGACGACGAUGUGCUAAUUGAGGUGUACUUGAAGCCCAAGCUGUUUAACCGGCCCCUCCCAAAAGACCUGAUAAUUAACGACAUUGACAUAUAUCUCCACAGCCCUGAAAUUCUUGCAGAAACGUACAAACAUUGUGGAGUUGAAGAUGAAGAUGAUGAAGAUCAAAUUAAGGAAUGGUACUAUUUUACUCCAAGAUAUCGAAAGUACCCAAGAGGAAGUCUUCGUCCAAGGCGAUCAGCGGGUGAUGGAUACUGGAAGGCAACUGGAGCUGAGAGGCAAAUUAAAGAUAAGGUAAACACCAUUAUUGGGUUUUCUAAAACACUGGUUUUCUACAAAGGAGAACCUCCAAAGGGUCAGAAGACCAAUUGGAUUAUGCGUGAAUAUAGGCUCAAUAAUCCUCCUCCUCUCAGGCCAACCAAAGACAUCAUGAGACUAGACGACUGUGUUCUAUGCAGGAUCUAUAAGAAGAAAGUAUAUUUAAAUAAACCAAAAUCCAAAAGGACCAAAGCCAAUAUUGAAGCUAAAGAUCGUAAGAGAGUGAGAGUGAUCAAGGCAGCUAAAUCCACCCCAUCUUUGUCGAAUGGUGCACCGCAGCAGUCCAAAUUGAUUGAUCCACCUCCGUCGUAUUAUCGAACUUAUCAUGUAGGUGAAUCCUCCGCAUCUUUGCCACCUUGCAACUCAAUUGAUGCUCCACUGUUGGAUCAAUCCUCCACAUCUUUGCCACCUUUCAACUCGAUUGAUGCUCCACGACAAUCCCAAUUGAUUUAUCAAUCAUCCACGUCUUUGCCACCUUGCAACUCAAAUGGUGUCCGAACCCCGAAACUUCCACUCUUCUCUAAAUAUGAAUUAGAAGUUGUAAUUGAUGAAAUGAAAAUUUAG